AUGGAUGGACUUGGAAUGGAAGGUCCCAACGAAAUCCCUGAUUCAGCCAUAACUGCUUCUUCCUAUUAUAACAAAAACUACCGGCCGAGCCAAGGUCGUCUUUACCAACAGUAUCAGGGAGGUUCUGGAAGCUGGCUGGCCAAAACAAACGACCAGAACCAAUGGCUUCAAGUGAACUUAGGAGGAUGGAGGCAAGUGAUGAGAUUCUGCACCCAAGGAAGGCUGGAUGGGGCACAGUGGCUGACCAGCUACUCACUGGCGUUCAGUUAUGAUGGAGUCUUUUACAGAACGCUCCAAGGGACAUUCAAGGGAAACACAGACCAAUUUAUGCCCGUUUGCCAUUUGCUGGAGCGGGGACAAGUGAUAGCGCGAUAUGUGCGAAUUAUUCCUCGGUCCUGGCAUGGGCAUAUUGCCUUGAGAGCUGGUUUUUAUGGCUGUGAAUCUGGAUUUGAUAUCCCCAAAAUAGAGUGUGCGUCGCCUCUAGGGAUGGAAAGCGGUGACAUAGAAGAUUCAGCCAUUGUAGCGUCGUCGCGCUAUAACCAGUGGUGGGGGCCUGAGCGUGGAAGAUUCAACGAGGCAGUUGAUGGGAGUUUCCAAGGAGGCUGGGUUUCCCAAUACAAAGAUGAUAAACAGUUCCUACAGAUUGACUUACAGAAUGUUACCAAGGUGACCAGGAUUGCAACUCAAGGGCGUUAUGACGCCGGCUGGUGGACAAAGGCCUAUACCCUGGAAUACAGUGUACACGGAGGAGAAUUUUUAUCGUAUAAUGAUGGCCAGGUUCUACAAGGAAAUAUUGACUAUACUUCUGCUGUUGGCCAUAACCUCAACCCACCCAUUGUAGCUCGUUUCAUCAAAAUCAACGUCAAAGAAUUCGUUGGAUAUCCAUCA